AUGACUUCCAUAACGAGGAGAGUAUUACUACAUCCGAGACGGGCUUCACCACGGAUACCAGUCCGAUGCUCAGCCCCGAAACCCACAAUACAAUGGCAGCGAUCAUUGUCGUCGACCGCACCGCGCUUCGAUGAUCCACCAAACUCCACGUCAGGACAGACACCAAAAGCCGAAUCCAAGCCUGUCGCGAAAUCAACAAGCAAGCGGAAAGCCAAAAGGGCCGCUCCCCUCACUGAGGAUGAAGAGCGCGCCCUCCAAUUCGCGACCCUGCGCAAAGACCUCGAACGCCUCGACCCGGACGUUGAGAAAGCCGCCAAAGAACGAGGGGAGCAGGGAAUGCCGUGGCUUGACAACUACGAAUUAACGUCAGACGAAGACUUCGAAAUUGCAGAGACGAAAGGGAGAAGGGACGGUUUCUGGUCUGAGGGCGAGGAAGCCAUGGGGCCGGAUGAGGAUUAUUAUGGAGAUGACUUGACGAGUCUGGGUCAUGCAGAGCUGGAGCAGCAUAGAGAUGUGCGGCAGUAUGCUAGAUUAGCGGCUUGGGAACUUCCUCUAUUAUCACGUACGCCACACACCCCGUUCUCUUUUUCAGCUACUUUCAACUGGCCAAGGCCCUAA